CGUAAUGGAGCGCGUUUUCAGAUCUUUGCCCCAAACCAGCAGCAAAUGCACGUCGUGGACCACAUGAAGAUGCAGCCAUCAUCAAGUGACAACAGGAACAUGAUGAUGGAGUCUGCGCGAUUCAGCCACGGCCAGGGCAUGAUGCAGAUGAACGAUCUGUCCAAACUGGACGUUAACAGCUUUGACGCCGUCAUCUUCCCUGGAGGCCACGGAGUAGUCAAGAACCUGUCCACCUUCAGCAAAGACGGCAAAGACUGCAAGCUGAAUAAUGAUGUGGAAAGAAUUAUGAAGGAAUUCCACCGCUCUCGCAAGCCCAUUGGGUAUAUGACUCUAAAAUAUUAA